AUGAUACAGGAUUUAAUUCAAAGAAAGGAUGAGAAGGAAAUUACAACAAAUUCACAAAGAAAUAGUAGUGACAAUAGAAUUACGAGUAGUAGUAGUUUGACAUCACUUUCUGAUGAAAGUCAAGACGAUAUUUGGGAACUCAUCGAUGAUAUCAUUGAUAGUGAUUGCAAUAUCUAUAAUAAUAAUGAUGUCUUCGCACAACCAGUGAUGGAUUUUAACACAACAGACACAGCAUUACUCCCGAUAUCUAAACCGCUCACCGAUUAUAACGGUUUAAAACAACUGGAGUUUCAACGCAUCUCUGAAGUGAUCACUGCGUCCACUACGUCAGAUGUUUGGCUGGAUAAUGACAAUACGGUGGCUCUUACUAGGAAAACAUUGACAAAGUUAAAUUCAGUUGAAUGGUUCCAAUUAGUUAUGGACAUAUACAUGGGGUUUAUGAAUAAAGUUUUACCUGAAUGGCAAUGGGAUCUAACUGUAUUGAACUUGUUAUCAGCGAUACUCCUAUUCAACCCAAACCGGCAAAACCUUAUCAAUAGGUCUAUAAUUAGACUCGAACAACAACUAACAAUGCUUAUCACUGGUACAGGCCGAAAUUUUGGUGCAAUUUGUUGCCAGUCUUGUAAAGCCUUUUUUAGACGAAAUGCGUUCAAAUCAAAGUUGUUGUUCGAGUCUAACAGGAAUGGACUCAUGAAAACAGUGGACGCAGUGAUCACUUCCGAUAUACGGCUCAACUCCAGUUGUUUUAAGCCUGAUGUCAAACCACUACUACUCGUAACACAACUACUAUUGAUCGGCAAAAUACACGAUGACAUUUGUAGCCGUGAAUUUGUGACAUCUCUGAGUAAAGGUCCGUAUAAUUCAAUGCUGUUUUGCAUGCGAUCGAGCCAAUACUUGUCUUCGAGACACAUAUCCCGGAAACCACUUAUACUUUUGGUGAAGUCUAAGACAUUUUGUGUAUCAUUUUCGGACAUUUGUAUCAAUAGUCGCCUCAAUUCCGGAAUCAUGAAAACAGUGGACGCAGUGAUCACUUCCGAUAUACGGCUCAACUCCAGUUGUUUUAAGCCGUUAUAA